AUGGUAAAGAACUUCAACGAGACGCUUGGGCGCUGGGACCCGCUGCUGGUGGCCUUCUUCGACCCGCGGUCCCAGUCCUUCCAAGAGCUGCGGCGGCCCAUCGAGGACGCGGCGCACGCCCUGGCGAGUCGGAACGAGGGCCGCCUUGGCCGCUUCGCUGCGGUGGACGUCACACAGCACAGCUUCCUGAGCCGACUGGAGGCACCGGAGCUGCAGACGGCCUGGCAACAGCCUGAGUCGGGAGAGUCCGCGACGGAGAGCUUCCGCUUUGGGCGGCCCCGGUUCUACCCGCUGAUCAUUUUGCUCUAUUCACAGGGCCAAAGGAAGGAGUACCAGGGCGUGGUCAAGGCGAAAGAUAUUUUGGCCUUCCUGCGUCGCGCCAAGGAACCGGUGAGCCUCUUGCAGAACCGCUCGGAGCUUCGCCGGCUGCAGCGAAGAUUGCCUGGGCCCUUGGCGAUCGGCUGUGAGAACGUCACUUCCUUCCAGGCCGCUGCCCAGACGUUGCGUGGCGAGAUGACCUUUGCCACUGGCAGCAAGGACCUCUGCUCGGAUUUGUCCGAAACGAAUCCCCCGGUGCUCUACCUACGAGGGGAGCGCGUGAAAGAACUGACGUCGGACCAGGACUUGGUGCACUGGCUGCGUUUGCAGAGGCCACAAGUGCUGCAAGAAAUCACGCCAGACAACAGCUGGACUUUUCUGGAACGGCCUUCUCCCUUGGUGAUCUAUCUGGCUGAUGGCAAGGGCACUGCCGCGCAGGGGGAGGUCCUGUUUGCGAGUAUUGAAGAGCGCUUGGAGACGAAGUACUACCAGCUAGCCUGGGCAGACUGCAAGGAGUUCGGCGACCAGUUUGAAGUCACUGAUUGUCCUGCAAUCCUGGUGAUUGAUCCUGACACAGACGAGAAACUUGCUCAUCUCUCUCUGACAGAUCUGGAGCGGCCAAAACGCAAGGCCAAGAGCAAGGCCUCCACUGCGGAGCGGCUGUACGCUUGGCUGCAGAAGACGACGGCGGAGAGCCGCAAGCGCAUGGACAAAGAAAGCCUUGCGAAAGCGUCAGCAGCUCCAGCCCAAGGGGAGAUCGGGUGGACGGAAGAUUGGAUGAGGCAAGUCCACAAGGCCCUGGAGCAGCGGAAUAUGAGUGCAGAAGAUGAAGGCUAUGAGCUUAGGGAUGCCAAGGGGCAGAUCUUGGACUUCAAGGCCAUGUCAGGCAACGACCUGCCGAAAGACCGAUUCCCUGUACGGCUCCAGUUUCAUACAGAGGUUGCGGAGGAAGCGGAUGCAUCCGGUUUCUGGGAAGAUUGGGCCUUGGAUUUGGACGAUCUGUCCGCUGCAUUCGCCAGCUUCCACGCGCGCUUGCAGCACAUGGUGGUGCUGCGUGAGAGUUUUCAGGAAGCCUAUGGAAUGGCCAUGGACUUCUCCAGUAUUGAGAAGGUCCAACAGCUGCACCCUGAGAUGCGAUUGUUGGCGUCCAGCACUUCAGAUGUGGCAGAGGUGCUGCGGAACGCCACGCGGCGCCAAGAGCUUUGGACAGCCAUGGAGCGGCGCCUGCGCUUUGUGCAGGGCCUGGAAAGGGAUCGCGGGCGGCUGCUGCGGUCCUUGAAGCAGGGCUCCAAGUCUUUGCGACGCCUCUUUGUCUCCCUCCACGCGGCCGCUAGCGGAGCGCGAACGGCGCAACGCGGCCCCGCGGAGCCUUUGGAGGUGCCGCGGGUUUCUGCGGCGGAUCUCUCGCUGCAGGACUUCAUUGAGAACUACGCCAAGAAGGGCUUGCCGGUCAUCAUCACCGGGCUGAACGUCAGCUCUGACUGGACACAGCUCAGCUACUUCCGGGAGCGAUGCGGACAUGUCCCCGCACGGCUGGUGCGAAAGGCUCAGAGUCGGACCUGGGGUCGCCUGGUGCCCGCGGGCAAAAUGUCACUGGCGGAGUUUGUCGACACCUUCAACACCACGCGCAGGAAUUGGUAUUUGCACGACUGGAGCUUGCCGAACAACUGCCCAGACGUCUUCGGGCCAGCGCCGUUUCGGGAGUUCACGGUGCCGAAAUACUUCGCAGGUGACUACUUCCAACGCGCAGCCUUCGAGGGUUAUCAGCACACCUGGCCGAGUCUUUUUAUUGGCUCCAACGAGACGGAAAGCGCGCUGCACAUCGACUCGGGGAAUACGAACUUCAUGCUUCAUCUUCUCAGCGGCCGGAAGGAGUGGCGCUUCUACGCUCGCAAGGACUUGAUCAAUCUGUACCAAAGCCCUACAGGAAGCCACUUUCAUUUCGAUGUUUUCCGUCCAGACUAUGACAAGUUCCCGUUGGCCGGAAACGCCGAACAAUACCGUGGUAUCCAAGAAGCUGGUGAGACCAUUGUCAUCCCUGCAGGGAAUCCUCACGGGGUGCGCAAUCUCGAGCACAUCCAUGGGAUCAGCAUGAAUUAUGUGGAUGCGAGUAACCUGGAGCUCUGCCUUUUGCAGAAGAUCUGGCAGGACGAUGCCGAAUCCGUAGAGCUCUACACCGACGGCAGCAUCCGGUUUGGUCUGACGAAGGAUCAGCAAGCGCUGAGCUUUGGUCAAUGGAAGUCCCAGGAUUGGACCUCGAAGACCUUGGACUUGUUUGAGGCCUACGGGUGCCAUGCUGCAACCAAAAGCACCAGCCAGGCGCCCGUUUGGGGCUCCAACCUCUUCCGAUCCGACUCGGACUCGGACCCCGCCGGGUCCACGGCUUCCGAUCGCGAGCCGAGUUUUCGGGCCGAAGUUCGCGCCCGAAGCUCCGCGCCAGGCGUCGAAAUCGCCUGCGUGCCCAAGGCCUGCAACGCAGGCGACUCGGUGAGUGUCACGAAGGGUGCAUUUCAGAGCACCAUCACCUUGUCCGCGGGCCUCGCGCACACACAGACCUUCAUCACCACCUGCCAAUCUGCGGAUGAGGCCUUGCGCGGCGAGUUGCGCCUGACCUGCCACUACGGCACCCUCCAGCCGGACACGUCCAAUUGCGAGAUCUACUGCCUGCCAUCACGACCUGGACAGGCCGUUCUGGGAGGCCAGCUCUUCUCUGUGGCACCUCCGCAGGAGGUGCUGGACGGGGCUGGCUACUUCUUCCCCUGUGCUGACCUCUACACAGGCUUCGCCGGCCAGGUGCAGGCGAGCUGCAAUGGCGGCGCGCUGGCGCCUGAUGUUUCAAGUUGCUCGGGCCUGCCGUGCGAAGCGGGGAACAGCAGCUCUGUGACGCUCUAUGACGUCACGCAGACUUUGACCCUCUCUCAGGAUUUGGGCCACGACGCCUUCGUGAGCUCAGACUGUGCAUCGGUGAACUCAGACUAUAGCGGCACGCUGAAGCUGCGCUGCUUCGCCGACGCUGUGAGUGCGGACACCAGCGGCUGUACCUGCCAGGCGCAGGCCUGCAGCACGGCGCCCUGCCCGGCCACGGACACCUUCUUCGUGGAGCUGUCUGGCAUCCAGGAGAACCGCGCCUUGGGCACACAGCUGGCGAGCUUGCAGGAAACGACACUCAGCUGCGAGUCCGUGGUACCCGGCCACGACGGCAGCAUGACGGUCCUCUGCAGCGGAGGCGUUCUGCAGGCCAAUACUGCCAGCUGCGCUCCGCGGGGAUGCAGCAGCAAGACGCCGUCGGCGACGGCAGUUGUUGGUGGUGUGGUCAAGGAGAUCACUGCUUCGCAGGAGACAUGGUGCACGGAGACUACUUCCUCGCCGGCAACUGCUCCAGCGUGGCUUCGGGCUACAACGGCACUAUCAACGUGA